GAGUUGCUGGGAUAUAUUAUACAGAUAAGUGUGGUGCAGUGCAGUGAAGUGCGAGUGUGAUGUGGGAAGCCUGAGCAUGGAGAGUGGUUUGCCGGCGUCCGACGCCGACGACGGCCCGCCGGGCUCGUCCGGCAGCGGUUCCUCGUCCGGUACCGGAUACUAUCAUAAAAACGGCGAGUGGCGCGGCGAGCGGCGACUAUUGGAUAUCACGAGAGACAAACCUGUCAAGCUGUGCGUUCGAGUCGCAGUCCCUGUCAGGGACCAUCCUAAGUUCAACUUCGUCGGGAAGCUGCUCGGCCCAAAGGGCAACUCUUUGAAGAGGUUACAAGAAGACACGCUGUGUAAGAUGGCCGUGCUCGGCCGGGGAUCCAUGAAAGACAGACAGAAGGAAGAAGAACUACGCGUGUCAGGCGACCCGAAGUUCUCACACUUAGCUGAGGAACUCCACGUGGAAGUGAGCGCCUUCGCCACGCCCGCCGAGGCGCAUGCGCGAGUAGCGUAUGCUUUGGCAGAACUUAGACGGUUUUUAGUUCCGGACUACAACGACGACAUCCGGCAAGAGCAGAUGCUGGAGAUGCAGCUGCUUGCGCAGGCGCCGCGCUCGCCGCCCGCCACCCCGCCGCACCCCGCGCCCCGCCUCAGCCCGGCGCCGGAGGACCACAAACACAGGGCCACAGGGCUGGCGUGCGCGCCGCUCGCGGCCGCCGCUCGCGACUACUCGCCGCCACUGCCCGCGGUUCCCGAGCACCAGCACCAUCAGCUAGCAGCGAGCCAUGGAGUUCUGAUGGGCGGCGUGCUGCCGCCACACUUGCUGCACAACUCUAUACUAGGUAGUAACGGCGGGGAGCUUCUGGGCCUGGGAUCGCCGGUUCUGCGCGGAGUACUGCGCGCGCCGCCCGCGCCGCCCGCGCCCCCCGCGCCACAAGGUCGGUGCGGCUGGGGCUGCGACGGGUGCGGCGGUGGGGCGCAAGCGGCCGCUGCUGGGCGCCGCGCGCGCUAACAUGUCGCCAACCAAGCGCGCCGUCAUCACGCUGCUGGCGCGCGCUCGCGCCGCCGCGCACCGCCGCCCGCCCGCCUGGCGACACGAG